AGGAAGUUCCGGGUGAGAGGUGAGUGGGGAGGAAGUAGAGAGGAGACGGUGGAAGUGGCAGCAGAGGAGGUAAUAAGAUGUUAUUUCCUAUUUGCACCCAUUAUCCGUCUACAAGGAGACCUGUAUAGAUCACAUGAUGGCACCAAUGAGGAUGGAGGAGGACCGGAGUCACAUGACUGAGAAGAUACUAAACCUCACCCUGGAGAUCAUCUACCUGCUGACCGGAGAGAGAUUUCCUCUUUGAAGUCAGCUGAUCAUAUGACCAUCACAGUGCCUCCAUGUGACUCCCUAAAACCUGAGAGACACAACAUGCAGAAGAUUCUAGAAGUCACCAGAGAGAUCACUGAGCUGCUGACAGGAGAGGUUCCUAUAAGGUGUCAGGGUGUCACUGUCUAUUUCUCCAUGGAGGAGUGGGAGUAUUUAGAAGGACACAAGGAUCUCUACAAGGACGUCAUGAUGGACAAUCAGCCGCCCCUCACAUCACCGGAUGGAUCCAGUCAUGGGAACCCACCAGAGAGAUGUCCCCGUCCUCUGUAUUCCCGGGAUUCCACACAGGAAGGUCACACCCAUCCCUCACCAUCAUCAGAGUGGAAACCUGAGAGAUUCUAACUUUGAGUUUAAAUCAGAAGAAGAAGAGACGUAUGUGAGGGAUGAUCAGCAGUCUAUGGAGGAGGAUGGAAUAACGGGGACAUUUAUAGAGGAGGACACUCCUACAGAGAUCAGCACAGUCCAUGGCCGGGAGAUGAGGAAAACCUCCGAGGAUUGUCUCACUUUGUCUCCAGACUGGAAAGUAGAAGAUGAGGACAUCACACAGUAUAGUCCAAGAGAAAACCCGGCUCCCUCCAAUGUCCAU